GGGCGGCUCCUCUGGAGCUGUGGGAAGGAUGGGCAGGGGGCUGCUGAAUUUGGAGAGUGACAGGAGCUGAACAGGCUCGAGUGCGUCAAGAUUAAAAUCUUAAGAGAUCCCAGGAAAAGAUAAGCCCUGAGCAAAACAGGAAAUUAGUGUAAGAGUUAUUAAGGAAUUGCUUGGCUAACGAAGAAACAGCUGACAAAUGACAAACGGAGUUCUCUGAUGGCGGGGGAAGGGUUUGGACACUCAGGACUUCUCCCUUGGUGCUUCUGUGCCGAGAAUCCGAUGUUAGGCUCGGCUCCCUGGCUGAAGACAGCAGGUCAGCCCAUGAAAACUUCUAUUCCCAGCCAAAGGAAGGAGUCCAGCACAAGGCAGCACCUGUUUUUUCAGGCUUGGAAGCAAGAAAGGGGGCAAGAGUUGGAGAGUGUGGAAUCGGAGAAGACCACUGAGAGGUGACAUUUAAGUUGAAGAUGGGUGGUGGAGAAAGAUACAACAUUCCCAUUCCCCAGGCUAGAAAUACCACCAAGAACCAUCAGCAACUUAAGAACAGGCAGAAGAACAAAGACCAGAAUUCUCAGAUGAAAACCUACGUGAAGAAGGAAAGAGGCCACAGCUGCAGCUCCUCUCCUGGUGCAUGGCAGGCCAUGCAGAAAGGGGGGAAGAACAACGUUCACUUCCCCAAGAAUCCCAAUUGGAAUCCUGCUCUACCCAAUCACAACCUGUUGUUCACCCCUCAGAGCAACCAGAACUAUGCUGGGGCCAAGUUCAGCGAGCCACCCUCCCCAAGUGUUCUGCCUAAACCACCAAGCCACUGGGUACCUGUUCCUUUUAAACCUUCUGAUAAAGAAAUAAUGACAUUUCAGCUCAAAACCUUACUGAAAGUCCAGGCCUGAGUUGUAACUUGUGUGAUUUUCAGAAGUGAUUUCGACUGUCAGGGUUUCAAAUGUGAGCAUUGCUUUUCCCAACUCCAGCUGCACAGGUGUGCAGACCAGGUGUUCUUGCUGCAUGUAGUUAGUCACUUGGAGAGGGGUCAAAGUUGACAUUCCCCUCAUAUUUUACCUCAAAAGUUCAAUGCUGUGUUCACCUCACUGUGAAAUACCUAUUUUCUUGAAAAUCAAUCAGAUCCUGAGCAGUCACCAUUUACUGUAUUUAAAAAUGGGACUGCGUUCCAAAAUUGGAAUUGUGACUUUGAAUUGUUAGAAAACCACCUUUUACCUAACUUAAUGCAGCAUGAACUGAAAAUAAAAAACGCACUGAAAACUUUAGUCAGGUUAUUUGCUGCUUUUCUGACUGAUGUGAGAUUUGCUAAACACUCUGCAGAGCAGAAACCUCCUCCUGGGCACAAGGGGAAGCACAGCUGAUUCUCUUUCCUGUCCCUGUGAGCUUUAGUGGCACUUCUGCAGUUGUGGCUGAGCGUUUCAAGCCCCUGACUCCCAUCUGGAAUGUUCUGGAAAGGUGUGGAAGAACUCGGGCAGAUCCAUAAAUCCUGUCCAGCUGUGCUUCCCAGGAAUCUCCCUGAGUGCCAACUGAAGACCUAGCAUUGCCAGGUGACUGCCAAAAAAACUCCCUUAAAUCCUUUGUAUGCCCACUGCACUGAGGAGUUCUAAACCACAUUUUUAUCAGUUUUUAUUAAAAAAGUGGGAGUAGUUCCUUAAUCUGAUCUUAAAUUGGUUCCCUUGUAGCAAUUAAUAGUUUGGGGCAGGUGUUAGAGAUGUUCUCACAGGGAAGACAGAGCCAUGUAAAUACAUGUAAAACAUUGUAGAAUAUGUAAAAUUCUGCUGGGCUUUCCUGCACAGAAGUAUUUUUAGUACAAAACUGCUGAAUGUAAGAUGACCAUGUUGAGUACGUGGCCUGGUUUUAAAAAAUGGUAUUUUGUUUAAAAAAAAAAAUUAACCAAAAAAAAAAAAAAAAAAAUUUGUGGCUGUGCCCUUGCACUUCACAUGCAGUGAACAUGCACAUUGUAUUUGGUUGUAAUAUUUUUUUUUUUAAAAAAAGCAAAAUCGGUGCGAAAGAGGCUUAUUUAGAUUUUUUUUUUUCAUUAAAGGAAAAGAAAAUAAAAAAAAAAUAAAGCUGCUGGAGUUUUGGAUCCUCCUGUUGUGGAUGUGUAGGAGCGGUGUGUGGUCAGUGAUGAAAAAGCACUGAAAUGUUCCAAAUCAAGUGUGUCACAAGAAAUGCAAAUGCCUGGGUUUGGGUGCUUGAUACAACUGAAGGAUUGUAAUAGUUCUGUGUUUCUGAAAUGCACCUGGGCUCCGUGAAACAACAUCUAGUCCCAGUCUUUGCUAAAAUCCCUGGGCAGAGGCCAAGGCACGGUGGCUCCUGUGCUGUCACCCUCCAGCUGAUCCUGCAGCAGAACAGCUGGAAGGUGACAACAGGAGCAGCUUUUAAAACACAAGGAUUGUUAAAAAAACAGAGUGCUUUAAUUUGAAUAGGCCUGUUGCAGAUUGUGAAAUGGUUGGAGGUGUUUUUCUGUACAUUCCAAAUGCAGUGGCAGCUGAGCUGAAUGUUUACAAAAUUAUUGUUCCACCUCACAUGGAAUUAAUUAAUUGGCAGUCUCUUAAACUUGUGUUGUGAUCUGGACCUUCACCAGAGUCUGAGUUGUAUCCCAGUUAAUGAAUUAGCUAUCCUCUACUUCAAAUUGUCAAUCACUGAUGAUGUUGGUACAAAUUGGAAACAAAACAUUUAAAUAAACUUUUUUUUUUUACCCC